AUGGAAAUUGAAAUCUUAUACAAAAAGCUCAUAAAGCCAUUUUUACCUACUCCUUCUCACCUUCAACAUUACAAGCUCUCAUUCUUCGACCAAAUAGCUUUGAAAGAACAUGUCCCCAUUGUUCUUUUCUAUGCUAAUAAUAAAUUCAUCAACAACUUCACAAUCGAUGAACGAAUUAAGCAAUCUCUUUCGAAGGUAUUAACUCAUGUUUAUCCAGCAGCAGGAAGGUACGAUAAAGAUGAAUGUUCGAUUCUUUGUCUUGAUCAAGGUAUUUCUUAUACUAAGGCCAAGGUAAAUUGUAAGUUGAAUAAUUUCUUAGAGAAAGCACACAGGGACCUUAGUCUUGCAGCUUUAUUUUGGCCACACGAAAAUAAGUAUAUAAAUAAAAGUAAUUUAAUGGUUUCACCAAUUGUAACGGCACAAGUAACUGAGUUUGAAUGUGGUGGUCUCGCGGUCUCAUUGAGCAGUUCACACCCUGCGAUGGAUGGUUUCUCAAAUAUUAAAUUUCUUUUAGAGUGGGCAAAAGUGUGUAAAAUGGAAACUCCUGUUGAGAAUAUUAAUUUUCUAAGAUUCAAUUUAGGUAAUGUUUUUCCAACAAGAGAUAUAUCAAGACUUUUCAAGUCAACUUAUGAUCCAGUAAUAGAGAAAGAUAUUGUUACGAAGAGAUUUAUUAUUUGUGAGACUAUUAUGUCAAGGCUAAGAAAAAAAUGCAUUGAUGAAGCGCGUGGAGCUUUGACUUUUCAACCGACAAGAGUUGAAAUUAUUACAGCACUUCUUUGGAGGGCUUUCAUCCGUACUUCAACAAUUAUAAACGGGUACGUUAGGCCUUCGCUAAUGGACUUGCCAUUGAAUUUGCGUUCUAAAACAUCUUUAACACAAGUUAGCAAUUCUAUGGGGAAUUUUAGAGUUGAUGUUCCGAUAAAAUUUAUACCAGGAGAGACAAAGAUGGAAUUACACAAGUUUAUAAUAUUAAUAAGGAAUGGUGUGAAUAAAGUUGUUGCUUCGUGUACCAAAGCGUCACCAGAUGAAAUAGUAUCAACAUUGGUUAAUAUAAAUAAUGGAAGUGUUGCAUCACCAGAAUGGGGAGGUAAUGAUGAAGUUGACAAAGUUUCAUGUUCAAGUUUGUGCAACUUCCCUUUCCAUGAUAUUGAUUUUGGUUUGGAAAAACCAAAAUUACUCUUUUUUGGUAGCAAAGAUAUGCAAAUGUUUUGGUUGUAUGAUACAGAUAUUCAUUCUCAAGUUUGUGUGCAAGUGGACUUGAAGGAAAACUAUAUGAAGCUAUUUGAGUGUAACGAUGACAUCAAAGCUCUCACAUUUAUACACAAUGCAAAUCUUUGA